AUGGCGAAUGAUCAGCCCAACGGAACUUCUCGCGAUGAUGACCUACGUCUCCAGGUCUCAUCCGAGGAUCUCCUCCUUGACAUCGACCCCAAUGUGCCCCUAGAGUUCCUGAAGAAAGCCCAGGCCCUCAGCGGCAAGCUCCCGCCCCGCAAGGCCCCACGCGAUCUGCUCGUCGAGACUCACAACAGCCACGUGCAGAAGCAAUUGGGAAGGCCAAAGGCCACCAACUUGGUCAAGAAGCCCAUUCUUGCCCUUGCCUACCCGGCAUCGUAUAAGCCCAUGGCUGAGCUCGAGAAGAUGCGACUCAGUGAGCUUGCAGUAGAGACUCACCAUGAAGGAAAGAUUCUAAUUCUCAGGACCAUCACUCCGCCCUACCAGGGAGCUGGAACCGUCGUCAUCGUCGAGGAUGAGCACGGUGAUGCCGAUAAGAUGGGCAUUUACAACCAGAGCGACCGCUCUAUAUUAUCUAUUAUCCCCGAGGGCUCCGUAAUCGCCGUCAAGGAACCUUACUACAAGUACAAUGGUCAAGACGAUUAUAUGAUUUGCGUUGACCACCCGUCCGAUAUCAUCUACCUCAAGUUUGAUGAUCCGAUCAUUCCGGAAAAGUUCCAGCUUGGUGAGGGCGAGACCGAUACUGCCGCUGACUGGAAAUCGGCUGGCGACAAGGCCUUCCUUACAAAGAGUUACCCCAUCUCUGUGCUCUGCUAUUCGAGAGCACUCGAGACGGAUGACACCGGCGAUGCCGCCUUCCGUACCGACCUCUUCGCCAAGCGCGCCGGCGCAAACCUCAUCAUGAAGCGCUACGAUAACGCCAUCUCCGACGCCAAGGAGGCCAUGACCGGUAAGGAAUCCGACUGGAAGCUGUACUUCACUGCCGGUCGUGCCGCCUAUGCCCUCGGCGACUUUGAGCGCAGCAAGGAGUGCUACGAGCUGUCCCUCAAGGCGAAGCCCGAAAACGCCGCCGUCCAGCAGGAGCUCGAAAAGUGCGACGAGAGACUCAAGGAGCAAGCCGAGGGCGUCUACGACUUCAGGGCCAUGGCCAGGUCCAUCACGGCGAAGAACAUUCACCUCGACAACGCGUCUUUCCUGGGUAACGUCCGCAUCGGCGAGUCACCCGUGCAUGGCCGGGGUCUCUUCGCCACCAAGGACAUCAAGGCGGGCGAGAUGGUGUUUUGCGAAAAGGCUUUGUGUGUGCCUAACGAGUUUAACCUCGACCACAACUCGGCGGCGCUCUUCGCCAACCUUGUCAGGACCUGUCACGAUAACCCGUCCCUUCACGCCAAGGUUCUCGAUCUCUACGGCGGGUCGUACGUUCGCAGCGGCCACGAGAGCGACAUCGUCGACGGCGUGCCUGUCGUGGACGUCUUCCUCCUCGAGUCGAUCCGUCGCAAAAACUGCUUUAGCGGCCCGCGCAUCAGCGACGCCAUGUGGCAGCGGCGGUGGUCAGCCCGCCGCGAAGGCAUGUGUAGGGGUCUCUGGAUUACAGCGGCGUAUGCUAACCACUCGUGCGUUCCGAAUACGAACCGCUCCUUCAUCGGCGACUUCCUCAUCUCUACGGCCACGAUGGACAUACCCGCCGGCACGGAGAUCACGCACAUCUACGUGGCGCCGCGGGCCAUCUACUCUCUUCGCAAGCAACAGUUCCGUAACUGGGGGUUCAACUGCCACUGCAAGCUCUGCUCGGCCGAGGAGCAAUCAGCUGCCGAGAACCAGGAGAGGAGGAUGAAGAUGCUCGGUGAGCUGGAGCUCAUCCUGCGCAAGAAGAAGCCUACCGUGUUCCAACCUGAUGCCGCUAUCCGUCCCAUCGAGAAGCUUGGGCGCCAGCUCGAGGCCCUCCACGAAGACGACGUUUAUGUCGAUAUCCCUAAGCUGCCGCUCGUGUGGCCUAGCAUGUGGCUUCUCCAGGCGUAUUACACGCGUAAGAACUAUAACAAGACGGUGCGGUGGGCGCAUCAGGCCCUGCGGGCCUUUGGACACAUCCCCGUUGUCAGCGAGGACGGGAAGGUCAAGUCGUAUAGGGAGGGGACGAGGGGCGUGACGACGUUCGAGGUUGUUAAAGCGCUUAAGUUUGCGUCGGAUGCGUAUGAGGCGUUGGGUGAGGAGGGGUUGGCAGAGGAGUAUGUCGAGGCGGCUAGAAUUGGGUAUAAGACGCUUUCGGGGUUUGAUGACCAUUUUCCGCAUGUUAGAGCGAACCCGAGUAGCUGGGUUUGA